ACCAAAUUACGUACACAGAGGGGCGGGGGUGUCACAGGGAUUCUCCCAUGCACCCCCUUGUGGGCUGAUUGAUAUAGUCGAAUUUAUGUAUGUUUGAUGCAUAUAUGUACAUAAUAUGCACAACGGGCUAAUGCUAAAAGUUUAUUGAGUUAAUUCUGAUUAUAAGUUUUAUGGGUAAAAGUGUUGUGCAGUUAUGGGUUGGUUAUCAAAAAAGGUAAAUUGUUGGCCAACGUAUACAUGGACUUACAAAAAUGACUUCUCCCCCCUAAAGGUAUUGACAUGGGCAACAAUUCUUAAAGUGGGGACUCGGCUUUCUGGAGGGGGCACCUGGACGACCAAUAACGCCCCAACCUAUGAUGUCAUCGGAGGAGGAGACAGAGUUCGGUUUGUACACAGAUAAGCUCUUGAAGAAAACUAAAAGAACCAGACAGCGCGUAGACGCCGGCGAGCCGCGUAACUCUUACUCGUCGAUCCCGAACUUCAGUUCGCGACCGAAUUUUCUUGGCACCAGUGGUAAUUUAUACGGCGCCAUUUUUACCCAACACCAACAGUUCGGUCUUUUUGGACCGGGGUUCGCGCCCGCUAAAAUGCUUAACGAACUUCUGGGUCGCCAGAAGUCCGAAAACGGUGGUGAUAGUGAGGACUCGGUGAUACGUUGUGACGGUAGUCCGCCUUCCGGGGAGGCUCUCGCGCAUCACAUGCUUCGCGAUAUUUUACAAGGUCGUAAACAUGAACUGCUAGCCCUCGAACACGACAUGAGAAAUGGACAGGAACACAUUAUGAACAACAAUAACAACGAGCCUAAAGCCAGUCCAGAACGAAGCGAUCCAGAAUCGGCCAUGAAGGAAUGCUUGGCCGAGGCGGGCGUCGAUAACAGACAACAAGAACUUAUGGAAGAUGCCAUAAACGGCAUGGAAACUGACUCAUUACCCUCACCUAAAGUGGAACCUGCUAGCCCGGCUAAACCUGAAGAUGCAAAAAAGGCACGAGUGGAAAACAUCGUGUCGGGUAUGAGAUCCAGUCCGGCACCUCCACAAGUAAACGGAUGCAAAAAACGUAAGUUGUACCAGCCGCAGCAGCACGACAGUAACGCCGACAGGUAUAUCGAUGAUGAAGAAGAAGACGCCGAACCAAUCAAACAAAAACGAGUAGAGAAAAACUUGCUUAAGUCACAACUAAGAACGAUGCAAGAGCAACUAGCAGAAAUGCAACAAAAGUACAUGCAACUUUGCACGAGGGUGGAGCAAGGCUCAGAAGAAAGUCAAGAAAUCGAAGAGAUCCCUAGCGAUGGUGAACAAAGCCCAAAAAGAUCUCCACCGCCAUCACCAACCACGACAACAUCACCCCCAACCCCAACCCAAAUCACACCAACCCUAGCCCAAGAGGUAAGCAAAAUGAAAAUAAGUCCUCCCGGACCCCCAUUCCACAACGGUCUACUACACGCUCCCCAUCACAUGAACAAUGCCGCAGCAAUGUACUUAGGCCACAAACUUCUUAUGGAACAAGAAGCGCGACUGGCAAAAGAAGCAGCUGCAGCAGCUGCCAUGAACAACGAAGUUCAACAGCAGCAGCAGCAACAGCAACAACAGGCCUCUCAGCCCCAACACUUACCUCCAAGUAAUCCAAAACCAGACAAUAUCUCCGAACGCCUUCAGAUGAUGAGGAGUAUCACAACUCCCACGGGAACCGACCUCGAAGGGCUAGCAGACGCUCUUAAAACUGAAAUUACCUCCUCACUCUCGAACCUAAUAGACUCGAUCAUGUCGCGGUUCGUACAUCAGAAACGGUGUAAAAAUCAAGACGCGGCAACCGCGGCCGAGCAACUCAACAAAGAUUUGUUGAUGGCCUCUCAAUUAUUGGAUCGGAAAUCGCCGAGGACGAAAGUGGCGGAACGGCCCCAAGGGCCGCCGCCCCCGCAAAAUCAAAAUCACAUGGUAAAUGGAAAUGUAGGGCCUCAAAUGAUGCACGUACAUAGCAUGCAUAAUAACAGUAUGCAAAAACCUUCAGACCUUCAUAUUCGACCUCCAAUGUUUCAGCCUCCUAAGCCGCCACCCGGUAUUAGUCAGGCACCACUUUACGGUAUGAAUCAUCCCUUUUGUGUACAAAAGCAGCAGGAUGCACCAGAACAGAAUGAGGCGUUAAGUUUGGUCGUGGCACCCAAAAAGAAAAGACAUAAGGAUUUUAUGCCCUUCAAGGUGACGGACACCAGGAUAACGCCGCGUACAGUAAGCCGCAUCCUGGGCCAAGAAGGAGGUAUGGGAAUGUCACCAGCUUCUAUGGAACCAAAUAGCGGGGGUCAACCCUCGUGCCCUUCACCACGGCCUCCCCCAUAUCACCAGCCGCCACCGAUGUUACCCGUAUCACUACCAACAUCGGUGGCGAUACCCAAUCCAGGCCUCCACGAAUCGCAGGUCUUUUCGCCCUAUAGUCCCUUCUUCCAUGGACCAAGCCAUGGCCAUCACAUGGCAAUGCAGGCCUCCUCCUCACCACCUCGCAUGCACAAGAUGGAGAGAGAAUCGCCGCCAGUUCACCAUCCCCCCACCUUGUUGCACCCGGCGCUACUGGCGGCCGCCCAGCACGGUGGUUCCCCCGAUUACGGGCACAUGCGCGGUCCCUCCGGUGGUCUCAGCAUGGACAACGGAGACCGGAACUCGGACUGUAACUCGGGCGACAUCUCGUACGACGGAAUGCAACCUACUAUAUCCUUUUUAUGCAAAAGCAGUGCUGAUUAUAGUAAAAGUUUGCAUAGUUCUUCUUGCCAUCCAAAUAUUUCCUUAACUCCCGAGCACUCGUCAACAUUGACGCCGAUGCACCUAAGAAAAGCGAAACUGAUGUUCUUUUGGGUUCGGUAUCCGAGCUCGGCGGUCCUAAAAAUGUACUUCCCAGACAUCAAGUUCAACAAAAACAACACUGCCCAGCUGGUCAAAUGGUUCUCCAAUUUUAGGGAGUUCUAUUAUAUCCAGAUGGAAAAGUAUGCGAGACAAGCGGUCUCAGAAGGAGUCAAGAACGCCGAUGAUUUACACGUCGGCGGCGACUCAGAACUCUAUCGGGUGCUCAAUCUGCACUACAACAGAAACAAUCACAUCGAGGUAUGGGGCCCACAGGUUCCUUCAAACUUCAGGUUCGUAGUGGAGCAAACGCUCAGGGAAUUCUUCAAGGCGAUACAGGAGGGUCGGGACGCGGAACAGUCAUGGAAAAAAUCGAUUUACAAGAUCAUAUCGCGAAUGGAUGAUCCUGUGCCCGAAUACUUUAAAUCGCCGAACUUUUUGGAGCAGCUCGAGUGACCGUCUGACCAAUGUGGGCAAAAAACGGGUCCGGUAGCGCCGCCAGCGCCGAUCUCCCAUAUCGGCGCGAUGUGGUACUAAAACCGGGACCACCCAAUCAAACAGCGAAUCGGUGACAUAUGCAGUAGGCUGUCAACAACAAAAAGUUUUUUUUGUCGGUUUUUUUUUUUGUUAUUUUGUAUGAUAAUGGUUGAGGGGCGUCCCCUCAAAGACAUUGGACUUGUUAUUGAUAAUAGUUUAGUUGACAGGACAAUUUUUUGAUUAAUAUAGAACGCGCCGGAUAUGGCGAACAGUGAAUAACUAAAACACAAAUAAUAAAGAAUCAAUCAAUAUUUUACCUGAAUAUUUACCGGGUAUAUAUUUUAUAUUGACGGCAAUGUAAGUCCUAUCAUUUUUGCAUUUAACCAGCAGGUAACAAGUUAAAAAUCUGCACUAAUUUUUGACUAAACCACUUUUGAGUUUACAUUUGGCGUGUUUUUGUUUAUAGCCACUGUAAACUGUGCUGUGUUUAUACAACACUUUGUAUAUAUGAGAGAUAGUAUAUCUACCUACCUUGUAUAUAAAAAUUAUUUUAUUUUUAACCAAAGGUUAUAUUUUUGCUAGUCGUUGAAAAUGAAAAGUAAUUCUUAAUUAUAUGUUUUCUUUUUUAAACUUAUUUUACCAUCAAACUUCAAAAAAAAAAGUUAAAUUCCAAAAAUGUUUCAUUCGAAUUUUAUUUUUGAAUUUUGAUUGGUAAAAUCCCCCUGCUAGAAAAGGAAUUGCAUCUAUUGUGGUACAUUUGUAAAUUAUUUAGUGAUAACAAGCAUUCCAAAAUACGUUGAAAAAUAUUGUAGAUAUCCAGAUAAUGUUACUUUUCCGACAUUUCUACCACAAUAAUUAUGUUUGCCUUUGAGCAAUAUAAUUGCUGUGAUUAUGUAUUAAGUAGAUAUGCUUUUUUUUUGUUCGCUACCCAAAAAAGGAACUUUAAAUUGAUUUUUUCAAUGUUCCUUUCAUUUCAUACAGCGUGAAUUGAAACGAAUAUUGCAUGAAGUUUUUUUUAUUUAAAAUUAAUAAAAUAUUUGAUUUAAAGUUUUUUUUAACAUUUAUAUUUUGAUUUUUUGCCUUUAGGCUAGUUGCUGUCUUUAAAACCCAUUUUAUUUGCAUGUCUGCUUAGUAUGUUAAUUUAUAUUAUUAUUAUAUUAAUAUUAAUUUAUUUCACUGGCACUAUUUUAGAGUAGUACAUACACGAUCUCGCCGACACGUGUGAAGCAACUAGUCAGAUUUAAUUAUAAAUAAAUAUAUUUUUAUUUGGUUUAA